UUCUUGACACAAAAAUUAUUAUAAUUAACUACUGAGAUGUCCCAAACAGAUAAUGGAAAAAUUGUUGUACUAGUGACCGGCGCUUCAGGCUUUCUAGGCGCCCAUUGUGUCAAGCAACUUUUGUGUGCAGGUUAUUCUGUUCGAGGAACUGUCCGUUCUUUACAAAAUAAAGCGAAAGUCCAGCCUUUAAUUGAUUUGGCUUCCUCCUUUCCUAAAGAGAAUUUUAAAUUAAUUGAGGCUGAUUUGACAAAUAAAGAAUGUUGGAAAGAAGCAAUUUCUGGUUGUUUAUAUGUUUUGCACGUUGCCAGUCCUUUCCCUAUUGCGGCAGAUGAAACAAUUGUUGAUAUUGCUGUUAAGGGAACUUUAAAUGUUUUGGAAGCGUGUGCUGAUAUUAAUUAUAGUAUUGUUAAGAAAGUUGUUUUGACAAGUUCUUGUGCUGCUAUUAAUGAGGGCCAUGAAUCUGAGAACCGAAAAUUUUCGGAAGAAGAUUGGACAAAAACUGAUAGCAAAAAAGUUCUUGCAUAUAGUCGAAGCAAAACUGAAGCAGAAAAAGCUGCCUGGGAAUUUGUUAAGAAUUUGAAAGAGACUGACAAUAAAUUUGCGUUAACUUGCUUAAAUCCAACGUUAAUUGUUGGACCUGUUUUGAUUGAUAUACAAGGAACUUCGAUUACGAUACUUCGCCGCUUUUUAAAUAAUGAAAUGCCAUUAGUCCCCGCACUUCAAUUAGCCCUUGUUGAUGUUACUGAUGUUGCUAAAGCACAUAUAUCGGCAAUGACAAAUUCAGAAUCCGAUAAUGAACGAAUUUUAAUUACUUCACAGCCAAGUUUUUGGUUUAAAGAUAUUGCCAAAAUAUUGGCUAAAGAAUUUGAAAAGCAAGGUUAUUGGCUUCCUCAUUACGAAGCUCCUUAUUUCUGUGUUUGGCUCUAUUCUUUUUUUGAUUCAGAAACUCGUUCUGUUCUUUCUCGACUUAACAGACAAAUUCUUUUUGACAACAAAAAAGCCAAAAAACUCCUUGGAAUUGAAUUUCGAAACCCAGAAAUUUCUUUAAUUGAAAUGGCUUAUUCAUUGAUUGAGAGAGGGAUUUUGCCCAAACAUAAGGAAUAUAUUGGACCUUCCCAAACAAUUGCUAACGGAUUUUAUAAGAAAAAUGGAAUUUAA